AUGACCGCCGUAACCGCUCCCGCCGCGGAGCCGCCGACCGACAACGCCACCGACACCGGGUCGCUCAAGAUCAGAGCCCUCGCGUACGCGUACCCCGGCGGCGAGUCGAUCCUGAACGACGUCACGCUGGACCUCCCUCCCGGGUCGCGAUGCCUUCUCAGCGGCGCGAACGGCGCGGGUAAGAGCACGCUGCUUCAGAUCCUCGCGGGGAAGACGAUGGUGGACCGAGACGCGGUCCGCGUCAUCGGGAAGCCGCCGUUCCACGAGAUCGAGCUCACGUGCAGCGGCGACCUGGGGUACCUCGGGUCGCAGUGGCGUCGCACCAUCGGCAGCGCGGGCUCCGUCGCGCUCGCGGGCGACUUCACCGCGGGCAAGAUGAUCUUCGGCGUCGAGGACGUCGACCCCGAGCGUCGCGCGCGCCUCGUCCAACUCCUCGACAUCGACCUCGACUGGAGCAUGAUGAAAGUCUCCGACGGCCAGCGAAGACGCGUGCAGAUCUGCAUGGGGCUCCUCAAGCCGUUCAAAGUCCUCCUCUGCGACGAGAUCACCGUGGACUUGGACAUCCUCGGCCGAUUAGACCUCCUCGAGUUUUUAAAGUCCGAGUGCGAAGAACGCGGCGCCACCGUUGUGUACGCCACGCACAUCUUCGACGGCAUGGAGCCGUGGAUGACGCACGUCGCGUUCGUGUCCAACGGCGCGCUCGCGCACGGCGGGCGCAAGUCCGACGUCGUCGGGCUCAAGGGCGUGAAACACUUGCUCGGGACGAUCGACGCGUGGCUGCGCGUGGACAGGGACGAGAGGCGGGCGAGGGAGGCGAUUGCGGCGACGGCGCCGAAGAAGACGGCGACGGAUCGGUUCUCGAACGUGUCUCGACACAUGGGGUACUACCGGUAA